UUUUAUUAUAAAGUUUUUAGAAUUUUCUUAUUCGUAAUGAAAAAACCUAUCCAAGUAGAAGUAUUUGACGUUUCUAAUAUAAAAAUGUCUAAAGAAAAAUCAACAGACAUCGAUUUGGAUUAUGAAAUUCAAUUACUUUAUGCAAUGCAAGGCUUUAAGCCUGUUGGGAUCAGCAAACAUUUUCAAAUGUCGUGUAUCAUUGAACGAUUACAAGAGAACAUAGAGAAAACCGUGAACAGUAAAUCAAUAUGGGAACAUUUAAAUAAAUGGUACAAUUUACAACAAUUAAAUGAAAAUGAAAUAAUUCCAUUUCAAAAUCAAGAAAUUGAUUUUAAUCUACCGGAAGCAGAAUUUGGUGUAUUAAAACAAAAGAAAAGUACAAUUCCAGUCGUAAAAGCACCACCAGUCCCCAGUACACCAGAAAAACCACCUACACCAGUUGUAAGUCAGACAAAAGUCUCAUCAUCCACGCCUGCGGUUAGUAAAAAACCAACAGAACCCCCACCAAAAGAAACAACGGCAAAACCUGCGAGUACACCGCAAAAAGAAGAAACGAAAAAAGAAAUUCCCACACCAUCAAAUACGAAAAAUAGUUCAUCUCAGCGACGUGAUAGUUUCAGCCAAAAAGCUGAUCAAACAAAAAGUAGUACGGCGUCAGGAAAAAAAGAUUUUAAUCAACCUGGAAAUACAUCAGCAAAAAAAGUAAUUGAGAAACGAAGUGUUCAUACUAAAGGACGAAACCAAAGUACUCCAAAUGUUUCAUCUUCAAAGACGAAACAUUCAUCGAACGAAUUAGAAAAAAUUCGCGACCAUAAUAAAAACGAUAAAAAAGAAGAAGAUAACACUGCAUCAGUUAAAAGAACUACUCGUGGAUCUUUAAAACCUGAUGAUUCAGAAAGUUCCAAAAGUCAGAGUCCUUUAACAGUUAGUACACCAACCUCUUCUGGUGGAUCAGCACCAAAACGACGCAGAAUAUAGUAUUUUAUUGAAAUUGAUGACUCUGAUUCCGAUUAAAGUUUGUAAAUAUGAAUCUUGACAUUAAAGAUUUUAUCAAAAGUUCUAUUAUAUUAUCGAUAAAGUUUAUACGAAUAAAACGAAAUAGAAACAAAGUCGGCUACAGUGGAAAGUCGAAUUUUUAUUUUUGAAAUUAAAAAAAAAUUACCCUUUAAUAUAAAAAUUCAGUAACCGGUCUUGAAUAGAGAACUUGUAAAUUUUUUAAAUGAUGU